GACUGGAGAGGACGGCUGGCCUUUACAUUCCUUCCCUCAGGAAGCUCUACUUGGCGAGCAACGGAUUAACUAACAUUUCUGGGCUGGAGCGUUUGGAAAACCUGCAGACUUUACAUCUUCGCGACAACUUGCUGGAGCACCUUGACAGCUUCACUGGGGGCAUGAAGUCACUGCAGUACCUGAACCUCAGGGGGAACAUCAUAGCAGAUGUCAGCGAAGUGAAUAAUUUACAAAACCUCCCUUCUCUGCGAGCUCUGGUGUUGGCCGAAAAUCCCUGUGCUGAGGAUGAUCAUUACAGACUGGAUACACUGAUCAUUCUGCGUAAAUUGGAAAGACUGGACAAGAAUGAGUUCUCUGAGGAGGAACGGAUGGAGGCUGAUGAUGUUGUCAGAGACCGACUGGAGGAGGAGCAGGAGAAAGAGGAAAUGGAUCUGGACAAUGGUUUGUAGACGGAGCGACAGCUGGCAGGUGAGAUCUGGAACACAAUGACGAGUGUGUCAUGGGAUCUCAGGCGUCUCUCUCUGUAAAUAAGUUAUUUCAAUCUCAUUUUGUUCAUUGACAUUAAAGAUCUAUUUAAAACAGU